AUGGCAGAUCACAAGGACAAUGGGGUGGUGACAUCCCAGGUUGACCUGGAGUCAGAAAAUGCGAACCUCCCGUCUGAAAAGAAAGGGACCAACGCCGACCAACGGGAUAUGUUUCGCAUGGGCAAACAUCAAGAGCUACGACGAAAUUUUCGAUUCGUCUCCAUUUUCGGCUUCUCUAUGAUUCUCAUGGCCAGCUGGGAAACGAUGUUAGGCACGAGCAUUAUCGGUUUGAUCAAUGGCGGCACGGCGGGUUUGAUUUGGAUGUACCUCGUAGCUUGGAUCGGCUUUCUGAUUGUCAACACCUCCAUGGCCGAGAUGGGUUCCAUGGCUCCGACGUCUGGUGGUCAAUAUCACUGGGUUAGCGAAUUUGCGCCGCGGAAGUACCAAAAGUUUAUGAGCUUUAUCGUUGGAUGGCUCUGUGUGCUCGGUUGGCAGACUGGUGCGGCCAAUACAGCAUUUCUCGCUGGAACUCAAAUUCAAGGCCUUGUCAUCUUGAACUAUCCAGACUACACGCCUGAGAGAUGGCAUGGCACGUUGUUGACGUUCGCCGUGGCUUCGUUCUCCGUCUUGUUCAACACCUUCCUGGUCAAGAAAUUGCCAUUGGUUGAGGGGAUCGUGCUCAUCAUCCACAUCUUCGGCUUCUUUGGCGUCCUGAUCACCCUUUGGGUCUUGGGCCCGAUCGCAAACGCCAGCGACGUGUUCACUACGUUCAACAACUAUGGCGGAUGGAACAGUAAUGGGUUAUCGGCGUUAGUCGGUAUUCUCGCGGUCAUGAUCCCCUUGCUCGGUGCAGAUGGCGCGGUUCAUAUGUCCGAGGAACUGCGCGACGCAUCGAGAGUGCUUCCUCAAAGCAUGAUCUGGACCACUGUCCUCAACGGCUCUAUGGGUUGGAUCAUCCUGAUCACCUUUUGCUUCACCCUUGGGAACCUUGAUGAUGUUAUCGACUCACCAACGGGACAACCCUACAUUGCUGUCUUUUACAAUGCCACCCAGUCUUACGCUGGCGCAUCAGUUCUCUCCGCCCUGAUCAUUUUCAUGGCCAUGUUCUGCAACUUGUCGAUCACUGCGACUGCCUCGAGACAGCUGUGGUCGUUCGCCCGUGACCAGGGCAUUCCGGGUGCUUCUUGGUUUGCAUACGUGCGACCCGGGUGGGACGUUCCAAUGAACAGCAUCGUGGUCUCUUUCGUGGUUUCCUGCCUGCUCUCUCUGAUCAACAUCGGCUCCACCAUUGCGCUGAACAACAUUACCUCGCUGUCCUUGGUCGCCAUCCUGUCGUCAUACAUUGUCUCCAUCGGCUGUCUCUUCUGGAGACGUUUGACCUAUCAGCCUCUCCUUCCGGCCAAGUUCACCUUCUCCAGACCAGUUGGUCUGUUUUUGAACGGAUUCAGUCUCGUCUUCCUGACGUUCGCUUUUGCCUUCGCCUUUUUCCCCGGAAGCCCGAAUCCAACUGUCGACCAGAUGAACUGGGCCAGCCUGAUCUACGGGGGUGUGAUGAUAUUUGCAGUUCUUCACUAUGUCAUCCGAGCCAGGCAUGUCUAUGAUGGCCCUGUAGAAUAUGUGCGCAAGUUGGUGUAA